GCUCCACGGAUUGAGAUCUUUUCUUGUGUCCUCUGUUCUGCGGUCAUGGCGCUUCCCCUUCUCCGACUCCCUUCCUCUCACAACCCUCACCUCUCUGCCUCCUCCCCUUCAUUCUUGUCUCUGCCCUCUCCUUCCCGCGUGACAUGUUCUCCUAGAAGGGCGAGUGGAGUUCUCCUCCUCCUCCUCCGUCGAGAGAUAUCUGCUUUUGCCGCUCUCAGCAGCAGCGCUCCGGCAGCACCAGUGGAAACGGCGGAGAGCUCGGGGGCGGCUCGAACGAGGCUGAUCGCCCAAAACGUACCUUGGACCUGCACGCCCGAUGACAUCAGAACUCUGUUCUCGAAGCACGGCAAUGUCGUCGACGUUGAGCUGUCGAUGUAUAACAGCAGCAGAAAUAGAGGAUUGGCAUUCGUAACAAUGGCCUCGGAGGAGGAAGCACUAGCAGCACUUAGUCAUCUGAAUUCAUAUGAUUUAGAUGGCCGUGUGAUCAAGGUGGAAUUUGCAAGAUCUGUGAAGAAGGCUCCUGUUGUGGCAGCAGGUCCUGUUCCAAAGUAUAAUGUGUUUGUGGGCAAUUUAACUUGGAGGGUAAGAUCUCGGGAUCUUCGAGAAUUAUUUAGUGGCAGUGGGAACAUCCUAUCUGCUGAAGUCAUCUUCCAAAGCAAUCCAAGAAGAUCAGCAGGCUAUGGAUUUGUCUCGUUCGCAUCAAAAGAAGAAGCAGAAGCUGCAAUAACCACUCUGAAUGGAAAUAAGUUGAUGGGAAGACGCAUUCGUUUGGUGUUGGGUAAGGAUCAAGCAGUUGAUGCUGAAAACAAGGUGGAUACCUAUGAGCAAUCAGAUGAGAUAUCAGAUGAGGUAGAUGCUAGCUGAGAGCAACCAGAGCCAGAUGAGACGUGGCUGAAGAAAAUUGAGAUAUCAAAGAAGACCUUGAAGCUACCUUGGUGGGUUGUGUACUGCUUUAGAUGUUUGACUUGAUCUCACUCGACCUGUUCAUGAGCUAGCAUCUAUGGGUUUCAAUGGUUUGGUCUUUCUUCAAUGACUUGAAAGCUUGGCUGAAAGAAUCAUGACCUGGAACUGCACCAUAAGCUCAUUGAUGAAUGCACCAAAACCAUAGUGAGAAGUGGAGGGUGUUAAAGCAUGAACGAUGUCAAGUCUAAGAAAGGUACGCAAAAAUUCAGUUGAUGAUUUGCAUUUUUCAGAUGAUUGAAUUCUUACAUUAACCAGCUGUAUUCCUGAGAUACUUAUGAUGCUGGAGCCUGACUCUUAAGCCUUUAUAAGCAUUGCUGUUUCCAUAAAAAAUGAUCAAAUUAUAACUUGAA